AUGAACGACGCGACUAUGUACACGUACGUGGGCGUCGCCGUCAUUGGGGCACUCUGCAGCGUGGCCUUUUUGCUCUUUCUCUUGCGGCGCCGACGCCGACGUCGGUCCACGACAUGUCGCCCGCUCUCGGCCACGGGCGAACCGAGCGCGUCACGGCAGGGCGUCACGACCGGUGACGACGGCGACGAGUACUACGACGCCUUGUCACCGGCCGCGUCCAUGGCAUGGACAAAAGACGUGCCGACGGUCCGCGAGAAGGAAGUCGAGGUCCUCCAACUGCUGGCACAAGGCGCGAACGGCCAAGUGUUUCUCGGUGUCUACAACCGGCGCCAUGUUGCGAUCAAGACGAUGCUACCUGGCCACCACACGUCGCAGGAGAUGUUUACCAUCAUGCACGAGAUCGGCAUUCUCUCACGAUUGCAACAUCCGUCGAUCGUCCAGUUUCUGGGUGUCCUGGCGCCGCCGCGGACCGAAGGCGACGUCCGGUUCCUCGUCGAGUACAUGGAUCUCGGAGACCUCCGCGAUCGGCUACUACACGCGACGCCGCAGUCGCUGCCGUGGCACGGCCCGGAGAAGCCGUCCAUUGCGAGCCAGAUCGUCGCCGGCCUCGUGUACCUCCACGCCCAAGAUAUUAUCCACCGCGAUCUCAAAUCACGCAACAUUCUACUCUCAUCGGGCGGCGGCGCCAAGAUCUCGGACUUUGGCGCUGCACGCCCUGCGUCGACGACGCACACCAUGACGCGGGGCGUCGGCACGUACCGCUGGAUGGCGCCCGAAGUGCUGAGCGAGAACCAGUACUCGGUCGCGGCCGACAUCUUUUCGUUUGGCAUUCUGCUCACGGAGCUGGACACGCACAUGAUUCCGUAUACAGACGUCAAGAGCAAAAAGUCGGGUGCGCCGCUCGUCGACACGGCGAUCGUGUCGAUGGUGAUCGCCGGUGCGAUCCAGCCGACGAUGCGCGUCGACUGCCCGAUGUGGCUCCAAGAACUUAUUAUGCAGUGCAUUGCGACCGACCCGAGUCUGCGCCCGACCGCGCACGACAUUCAACUGCGCUUUCAACAGCAUGGCUUUUCCCAACGUGUCUAGCGUGGAUCCGCCAACUCGUAUUUAUUCCACUUGGAUUUCUUCCACA